AACCGAAGCCAGUCGAGUUCCGAGCUUCAAGCAGUGAACUACGUGUGCAGCACUCCGGCUUUAGCUCACCCUCCCCCCUUAGUAUCAUUUUUGUUUUUGUGUGACCGUUUGUUAUUUGAUCCAACGACGUUUUAUUUUUAUUCAAACGAAACGGACAAAACACACACACAAAAAAAGACAAUUCGAUACAAUUUUCAUGUGUGAAUUUUAAGAGUUUCUGUACGAGUUUUCGUUUGCGACCGCCUCCCCUUUGGUGUUUGAUUAACGACAAGAGAAUGGCCACGAUGGCAGAGUUCAAGUGUCUGUUAGUUCUGGUCGCAGUGUGCGUUUGUAGUUGUGAAGUCGAUCCGUCGGUGACGACCGUGUCAUCGACGACCAACACUUUGUUAAAGACCGAUUCGGAAUUGGACGGUGCCGUCGUGCUGCAAGUGGAAGGCCAAAGACUCGGCGAAUUGACCAAACAAAUGGCCGAAACCAACCGGGCGCUCGAAGAGCUGCUGGCCACUAAAUUACGUGACAUCCAUUACGCCUCGGUCAUUGGUGAAUUGCGCGCAGAGAUUGACGCUCUCAGACGUGACAUGGAACACGUCCGAGAAGCGGCACUUGCGCCCACCGGGCAACAUCUUGUCGCGGAGCCGACGGCGACAUCAUCGGAGAACGAGCAGAAGACGCUCCACUGGCUCCAAUCGUCGCUGGCCGAAAUGAAAGGCGAGAUCCUGGACCUGAACCGAUCGGUCAACGUGUCCCGCCAGCUGCAACAACAGCAGGAAACGGCCGGCCAACUCCAGUUGACACGAUCCGAUGUGGCCGCCCUGCAGGCUCAGGUGGCCGACGACGCCGCCCAUCGCCAACAAAUCAAUCAAUCGAUCCAGCAGGUCCGCGACGACGUCCAGAGGCUCGACCAGCACCAGCAGCUCAACACGGCUCAAUUGGACCGGCUCGAGAACAACAUGGCUGAUAUUCGUCUGGAAGUGCAGUUGUCUCGCAAAAUGAUGGCCAUGUCGGUCGAGCACGAAGAGCCCGUCGUCAACAUGCUCAAGACCAAGAAGAACCAAAGGAGAAGGACCCGAUCCGUCAUCGAUGAUGAAGACCAAACUAAUCGACUGUCCACGACGACGGCGUCCCAGCCCCGGCACAAGAUCCGCCACCAUCGCAGGGAGCUCAACCACGAAAUCCACACGUUGAGAAAGAUGGUGAAAACAUUGGCCAGCGAGCAGCACGAUUUGCAGAAGCAAAUGGUGCUUUUGAGUCAAAUGAGAACGACAGCCGAGUCCAACGUCCACAAAAUGGAGACCGAACUGAAGGCUGUGCUCAAGCGGCUGGACAGCGAACCGAGAUGUGCGGCCAAUCAUCACAACGCCGAAGAUGUGGCUGAAAUCAGCUCGCAGAAUAAGAAGCUUGCCGAGACGGUGGAUCGGCUAUCGUUGAAAGUCUCUGGAGUUGACCAGGUGCAAUCGUCGACGCUUCAACUGUUUGAAGCGAUGGAACGAUUGGAAGAGCGUUACGACGACAACAUCAGCGAGCUUCAACGUGAAGUGGCCAAGCUCGAGUACAAUGACGGCCAACUGACAUCCACCGUUCACACGUUGCGAGAGGAUCAGGGCGAACAGCUGGAACUCGUCAAAUCGCUGCGGAUGACGACGACGCUGUUGCAAGAGCAGGUGCAAGCCGACCAGAUCCGCUCGGCCCUUUUGCUGGCCAAACUGACCAACAACACGCUGGCCAUGAUGAACCAAAGCCACGGCCAGCAAGUCCAGAACUGGAGAUUGGCCCAGCUGGAGCAAUCCAUCCAGUCGGCUCAGUCUAUCGAAUCGCUUAGACAGAGUCUGUCUCAUUUGGAACACGAAUACAACAAUCUAGCGCACAAUUUGCCCCACGAUUGCCGCGAGGUGUCUUCAACGGGCGUGAAUUUCAUCCUGCCGCGUGAAUCGGCCGAGGUCGUCAAGGUCUACUGCGACCAGGAGACUUCCGGCGGCGGGUGGACGCUCAUCCAGCGCCGCUCGGACGGAAAGGAAGACUUUAACCGGAACUGGGCCGCUUACAAAUCAGGUUUCGGCUCGGUCCUCGGAGAAUUCUGGCUCGGCAACGACAACCUCCACCGUCUAACGAAAGAUAACGCGACGAUGCUGCGCGUGGACCUGUGGGACAUUUACGGCCAGUACUGGUGGGCGGAAUACGACAGCUUCCUGGUCGGCAACGAGAACGACGGCUACGCCGUCCAAUUCCACGGCUACACGGGCAACGCUUCGGACGCCAUGGCCUCGUACCACCAGUCGAUGAAAUUCAGCACCCGAGACAACGACCAGGAUCUCAGCAACACAAACUGCGCCGAUAGUUACCAGGGCGGAUGGUGGUACUCGCACUGUCAGCACGUCAACAUCAACGGCAAAUACGCGCUCGGAUUGACUUGGUACGACAGCCUGGAAAACGAAUGGAUCGCGCUGGCCAAAGUGGAGAUGAAGGUGCGCGACAAGCGCAUUUUCAACCAGCCGGCAACGACGACGACGGCGAGCGUUAGCACGACACCGUCUGUUCAUUGAAUGUGAACAAGAAAUCAACAAAAAAAAAAAAUCCCAUCCGUCAAGUCGUUCGCUAUCGUACGAGGCGAUGUCGGAUCGAAAGGCCUAGUCCAAGUUGUUCCCCGUUCGUGCACUUUAACGCAAACCCUUCUACCCCCCUGUGGCGCACUUAAAUUGGGGGGAAAAAAUGUAUCCAUGUUAUUCUAACGAUCUGCCACAUGUGUUUUUGUUUGACUGUUCCAGCUUUUCAAAUCAUCGCCUGACGCCACCAACAAACUGGCGCACAAAAUCAGGACGAUCACCCACUGAUCCGAUUUAUUUUAAGUGUAUUCGGAUAUGUAAAUGUAAACCUAGUCUGCACGAAAGACGUAUUUUAUUUGAUGGGCGGGAAUGAUUUCGUUUUUUUUUUUUUUGUCAAUAUGUACACAACUAGAAUUUUUGCUCGCCUAACAUAAGAUUUCUCGAUUGAAAAUUGGCCAUCCCGAUGUGUGCUCUGGUACGUUUUGUAACUGGGUUCCGUCAAUGGUUAUUCUAUCGUUCGUUUUUUGUUUUUUUUUCUGUGUCAAGUUUUUCAUUUCGAUUAGGAUAUUUUUUUUUUCUUCGGUGUGCAUAACACAUAUCAUAUUAUAUAAAUUACGGCGAGAGGAGAUGAUGUUUGUGUUUCGUUGGUAGGUUGCGUGCAACGGCUUGGUUACUGCUCUUGCAAACUAUAAAUGUACAUGUUCAUAAUCCUCUGCUUUUCUGUGCUGGCAUUUGCGUGCAGGAUAUAGCAAGGGACCUACACCGUGUGUGUCUACUAUAUACAUAUAUAUCUCGUGGUCGUCAUUGAUUGACGAGCUGAACAAAAACAUUGAACAAACAAAC